CCCCCAGCCAAGGCCUGCUGACCGCGCCGAGCGCCGAGCGCCGAGCUAGACUGACCACGGCGGCCCCGGAGACGGGAGGAGGAAGCAGGCGGCCCGCCCCUGGGAUCGCGCUCGCGCUCGCGCCGCCGCUGAGGGGAUUGAAUUGAGGCGCCGCGGCUGCGGGAGGCGAAAAGGAAGGAGGAGCCGCCGCGCGAGUGCGACGGGGGCAGAGCCGUAGAGAUCGACUCAGAAGGAAACGGGGAGGAGGAUGUCUCACAGAGCGGCCAGCGUCCGGAUCAGCCAGUGACUCUUAACAGCGGCGGGCCUCAGACCCCAGCGCGGACUCGGACUUUGUCUUUGGGGGCCCCUGCUUUGCCCUUCCUGGUUUCCGGCAAGAUCGCAGAGGAGCCGGCGUGCCUCUCUGCCCUCCAGCCUUCCUCACCAUGUCCAAGAUGCCGGCCAAGAAGAAGAGCUGCUUCCAGAUCACUAGUGUCACCACGGCUCAGGUGGCCACUAGCAUCACCGAGGACACUGAGAGCCUGGACGACCCGGACGAGUCACGUACAGAGGACGUCUCCUCCGAAAUAUUCGACGUUUCUCGGGCCACGGAUUAUGGCCCUGAGGAGGUCUGCGAGCGCAGCUCCUCCGAAGAGACACUCAACAAUGUUGGGGAUGCAGAGACUCCCGGGACCGUCUCUCCAAACCUCCUCCUGGACGGGCAGCUGGCGGCCGCGGCGGGUGCUCCCGCCAACGGAGGAGGAGCCCUUUCGGCCCGGAGCGUGGCUGGGGCGCUGGCCAGUACCCUGGCGGCGGCCGCCACCUCGGCCCCCUCUUCGGGGGCACCCGGCGCCCCCCCGGUCACGGGCUCGUCUGCCGGGCCAGGGACCGCAGCCCCAUCACAGCCCCCCACCACUUGUUCCCGUUUUCGCGUGAUCAAGCUGGACCACGGGAGCGGGGAGCCCUACCGCCGCGGCCGAUGGACGUGUAUGGAAUACUAUGAGCGGGAUUCAGACAGCAGCGUCCUGACCAGGUCUGGGGAUUGCAUUAGGCACAGCAAUACUUUUGACCAGACUGCGGAGCGGGACAGCGGCCUGGGCGCCACCGGAGGGUCGGUGGUGGUGGUGGUGGCCUCCAUGCAGGGGGCGCACGGGCCCGACUCGGGAACUGACAGUUCCUUGACUGCUGUGUCACAGCUACCCCCGUCGGAGAAAAUGAGCCAGCCCGCCCCGGCCCAGCCGCAGAGUUUUGGCGUUGGGCAGCCACAGCCACCGCCGCCCGUAGGUGGGGCUGUGGUUCAAAGCGCGGCUCCAGUGCCGCCGUUCCCGGGAGCCGCGGCCGGGCCUCAGCAAAUGAUGGCAGCCCCGCAGCCAAGCCAGCCCCAGGGAACCGGCCCCGGCGUCCUCCCGCAGGGGCCCAAUGGACAGGGGCUGCCGCUGACGAAUGUAACCCUGACGCAGCCAGGCGUGCCCCUGCCGCAGCAGCCGGGCCCCGCCGUCGGCGCUCCUACGACGCAGCCGCCCCAGCCGUUCGCGUACCCUCAGCUACCGCCUGGGCAUUUGCUGCCAGUCCAGCCCGCGGGUCAGAGUGAGUACCUACAGCAGCACGUGGCCGGCCUGCAGCCGCCAAGCCCCGCGCAGCCCUCGUCCACCGGCGCCGGAGCGAGCCUCGCCACGGCUGCCAGCCUUCCAGUGGGCACCGGCCCGAAUGCCUCCUCGGUGGGUGCGCAGAUAAUGGGCGUGUCUUCCUUGCCCAGUGAAGCCGUGGCCCCGGGGCCGGGACCCGCGCCAGGCGGACAGGCCGCGCCUGGUCAGCCGGCCGGAGUGCCCUUGGCUGCUGUGGGAUGCGCCGUGCCGCCGGGCCUGGUCCCCCCUGGGACCGGACAGCCCCAGUCCGUGCCUCCGCCGCAGAUGGGUGGCAGUGGUGCGCCGUCAGCCGUGCCUGGCGGCCCCCACGCCGUGCUGCCCGGAGUUCCAAACGUGCCUGCAGCCGUGCCCGCUCCAAGCGUGCCUAGUGUGUCUACCACCUCUGUUACUAUGCCAAAUGUACCCGCGCCUCUGGUCCAGUCGCAGCAGCUGAGCAGCCAUACGCCAGUCAGCAGGAGCAGCAGCAUAAUCCAGCAUGUUGGGCUGCCCUUAGCGCAAGGCACACCCAGUGCACCAACAAGUCUACCACAGUCUGACCUAAGCCAGUUUCAGACUCAGACCCAACCUUUAGUCGGGCAUGUUGACGAUACUAGAAGAAAAUCAGAACCCCUACCUCAACCACCACUUUCUCUCAUUGCUGAAAAUAAGCCUGUUGUGAAGCCUCCUGUUGCAGAUGCCCUGGCAAACCCCCUUCAGUUAACACCUAUGAACAGUCUCGCCACCUCUGUAUUCAGCAUAGCUAUUCCUGUUGAUGGUGAUGAAGACAGGAAUCCUUCAACUGCUUUCUACCAAGCGUUCCAUUUGAACACGUUUCAGGAAUCAAAGAACCUCUUGGAUAGUGCAUCUGGGGGAGGUGGUGUAGCCAUUGACAACAAAAUAGAACAAGCAAUGGAUCUGGUGAAAAGCCAUUUGAUGUAUGCAGUAAGAGAAGAAGUGGAAGUUCUAAAGGAACAAAUAAAAGAAUUAGUUGAAAGAAACUCUUUACUUGAACGAGAAAAUGCACUGUUAAAAUCUCUUUCAAACAAUGAUCAGUUAUCCCAACUCCCAGCCCAACAGGCCAAUCCUGGUAGCACUUCUCAACAGCAAGCAGUGGUAGCACAGCCUCCGCAGCCAACGCAACCUCCACAGCAGCCGAAUGUCUCCUCAGCAUAAAGCUUUCUUGCCUCAUUAAGAAAAAAAACUGAAAGCAAUCUAUCCUUGUGUGCCACUGGUAUUCUUUCCACUUUAUACGAAAGCAAGUUAGCCAUGCUUCGGUUGUGUGUUUGGCCUUUUCAGUAUUAGACAAUCAUUCUGCAGGAGCUUUUCCUCCCUUUGAGAUGUCAUGCAGCAUUGUUGAUGUCCAGUUUCAUGUUAUCAGUACACAAGGAGAAUAAUAGAUGGGGUUUAUUAAAGCAAGCAAAGUCUGCAUUUUACCUGGUGCGCAUGAGUGGGGUCUUUUAAGAGCUUUGGUGGCUCUCCCGUUUUUCCUAUGAUCCAUGGAUUUACCCUGAGCCUUCCUAUCACAUUAUAAAUAACCGUUCAUCUAAAGAGCCACUUUUCUUUCAAUAUCAGUAACAUUGGCCUACGUAAGUUUUCAUUUAUUUGUGUUUUAUUUAUUACAGGGCUGCUAUUUUCAUAAUGUACAUGAACAAUGUCACAGAACUUUCUUAAUUUUUUUGAAUAAUUAUAAGUAUCAGUAAAGGAUUUGAAAGACAGGAUUGCAUUUAAUAGAAACAUUUAGGCAAUAAUUGAACAAAAGAAUCCUGGCAUAUUUCUAACACUAAUGGCAAUUUACCUUCGGUAUUUAUUUUCAGUAGUAAAGACCCAGCUUGAAUGUAAAUUUUGUAUAGUGUAAGUAUGAAGAACAUAGUGCAGCUGUACAGGUAGUCACCAGUUAUUGUGAUAUAAUAAAUAAUUGGGCUAUUUUGAUGAAGAAAACUUUGUUCAUUUGUUUCUACUUUCUAAUAGAGAAAUUGCCACGAUUCCUCUGCUUUUUGACAUUUCGUAUGACUUUCUUUUUUCGGGUGGGAAUAAAAAGCUGUGAAAUUGUUCAACCUACUUUGUAACCAAAGAAGCAAAGCUGUGUAAUGGAGGUUUUUUUAUAAUGCACAUUCUUUAUGUAUUUUUAUUUAGUGUUUUCUCGGUCACAAUUUUCUUUGCUGUCUAGCAUGAUCUGCAUGACCUAUAAUCUUUGAACCACUUUCGUACCUCAUGUUUUUAUCCAGCACUCUUAUUGUAAUAUGUACUAGUCUGUGAACAAUGUCAAAUAAAAAAGAACGAACAGGUAGUAUGGUGGAGCUGAGCUAGUGUACUAUAUACACUAGUUGUAAAAAAAAAAAAAAAAAAAAAAAAAAAAUGAAGUGAGCCAUCUUUUGUUCAUUUAAAAUGGUGUUUUGAAUUUCGUAUGCAGAAAACGUUUUGUUACAUUGCAGAUUUUAAUGUAUUUAAUAAAUGCAACAUGCAGAUUAAGUGCAGUGUAUACUGAGUAUUUAAAUUAAAAUGUACAUUUCAUAAAUACAGUUUCAAGAGAAAGCAUCAUUUUGUGUAUACUAACACAUUAAGUGUAUGUCAGAAAUUGAUGUAUAAAUAUAUAUUUUAACACAUUUUCUGAAAUUAAACUGCAGUUUUGUUGAAAUAUUUGGCUCUAUAUGUGUUCAAAAUUUAAUUUGAUUAGAUAUGUAUUUUCACAGUUCAGAUAUUCCUUAAAUGAAAACCUGUGUUAUUAAUGACUUAAUGAUAGUUCUUAAAUUUUCAAAGUAAAAUAAUUUGAAGAAUGCAAGAAUGGUGAGCAAUAU